GCCCACAACUCACAGCCAUAGAAACCAUACCAAAACACCACUUCAAUAAACUCCUCAUCCCACCAUCCUCAUACCAUUAAUGACAUCGUCUUCGUCAUCACGCAGCUCCAGCUCCGGCUGGUCCAAGGAGCAGAACAAGCUCUUCGAGCGUGCACUAGCUAAAUACGACGAGGAAACCCCCAAUCGCUGGCAGAAAGUCGCUCGCUUCGUUGGCGGCGGCAAGUCGCCGGAAGAUGCUAGGCGCCACUACGAACGCCUCCUGGAAGACGUUCAAAGGAUCGAGUCCGGCGAUGUUCCGAUUCCAAAUUAUCCUUCUUCCGGUGGCAACGAGCAACAGAGGUACCGAAACGACGACUGAUGAAUCUCGUGCUGAAGGUGUGUUUCUGGCUGACUCAGUAUUCUUAAUACAUAUGGGUUAAAAUAAAAUUAGCAAUUGGGCGAAUGCUUGUUUAUAAGCUGAAGGGGAAUGAAGGAUCAAAAGAACUCGGUAUCCAACUUCAUGCAGCUUCUUCAAAAUUUACGGGUCUUCCGUAUAAGGUUUUUGGUUAGUCUUCUUCAACAUAUAAAUAAAAUUAUUAGGUAUUGUUAUUAAAGGUUAUUAAGUGGGAUAUAUGUUCGCUUUCUUAUGAGCUUUUAUAUGGUUGUAGUAAAAAAUAUAUUAUAUAUAAUAAUGAAAUUAUGUGAAUUUUAUGAUU